CUAUGUUUAAGUGUCUUAAUUUUCAAUUUAUUUCUUCAGUGCACCAGGGGUCGACCUUCGUACCUUUGAAAGAAGGUGAAGGAGCUGCAGCGACUCGGGGAGAUGAGUCUUGCGUAGUUGAGGAAUGAACAAAUUAUAAUUUGAACCAGAUUCCAAAAUUAGGCCAAUGAUCUGCCGCAACUAUCAGAGUUAGAGGAGCAGUGAACGAAGCUCCAAGGUCGUACAGACGCUGCACCAGUUUCUUCUCCUUUAAUUCUGAUGUUCAAAUUUUCAAUCCAUGAUGUUCAACUUUCAUCAAAAAAGAUGAAGAAAAAAAGAAAAAUGAUGAAGAUGAUAUUUCAGAUUCUAAACCUAAGACCCAAAAAGAUGAGAGUGAAGAAAGAGGUGCUUCACAUCAAUGGUAAAAAUGGCAGAGCUUACAGGACAUACAUCUUGAGUUCUUUUUGUGGUGCAGAGCCUAGGUGGUUGCACUCUUCAUGUACUGCAGCUAAUGCUUGCUCUAUCCAAACCAUUGCAAAGGCAUGCAGGAACAAUUCCCCUCUUUUGGCUUCUCCUAUUGUAGUGCAGGGUCUAGAGGCUGCCUCCACUUCAGGGCAAGACAUCAAGAAAGUAGAGAACUACGCAAAGGCGAUUAACAUGCUCUAUUGCGCGGUCAACCUCGACGACUACCGCAAGAUCUCCUACUGCUCAACCGCCAAGGAGAUGUGGGACAAGCUUGAGGUGACGUACGAAGGAACGGACCAAGUACGUGAAGCCAAGAUCGACUUCCUCACCCAAGAGUAUGAGAUGUUCAAAAUGAAGGAACACGAGAAGAUUGACGACAUGUUCGACCGAUUUUCCAAGAUAGUCAACGACCUUCAUGCAUUAAAGAAGACUUACACCGACAGGGAUCUUGUGCGAAAGAUCCUACGGAGCUUGACAUCCGAAUGGAGAUCCAAGGCCCAUGCCAUCUAUGAAUCAAUCGGCACAUCAAAUGUCACCAUCGACGGUCUAAGAGGUGAUCUAAAAACUUAUGAAUCUACUAUUCUUAACCCGUCUUUGAAUGACCAAAGGAAAGGGAUAACAUUAAAAGCCGUCAAAGAAUCAACAAUGAAUGAUUCAAGCGAUGAUGAUGAAUUCAAGCUUAUCAUGAAGAAGUUUUGCAAACUUCUAAAGAAGAAAGAAAAUGUUAAGGAUGGCCCUGUGUGCUAUGGAUGUGGUGAAGCCGGGCACAUCAAGAACAAAUGUCCAAGAAGCGGAAGGAAUGCUCGUCACUUCACAAGGCAAAGAGCAUACAUCUUCUGGGGUGGCGACUCCGACGACGAGUCAACCGACCAAGACGAGGAUGAAACUGCCAAUCUUUGUCUUAUGGCACACGAAGAAAACUCACCAACAACAUCCGACAAUGAAGAGAACGGAACCUUCCUUGAGAAGAAGUUUCUCUCAGCUAUUUCUAGUGGGAGAAAGGUAGACCUUGAAGAAAUUCGAGAACCACAAGAAGAGAUCUCAAUAGCAGUGGAACACGAGCGUCAAGAUUUAGUAUCUCGACCGGCUCAGGUUUUACCACGUAGGUCAGACCGGAUGCGUAAUCCUCCAGUUAGAUAUGGCUUCCUUGUAUCUGAUGAAGGGUCAAUCUACGGAUUGAAACAAGCAUCUCGGAGUUGGUAUAUACGCUUUGAUGUAACCAUCACUAGUUUUGGUUUCGAGAAGAAUUCUGACGAGUCUUGUGUUUACAAGAAGGUCAGUGGGAGUGUGAUAGUAUUCCUAAUCCUAUAUGUCGAUGACAUAUUGUUAAUGGGUAACGAUGUUCCUGCUCUCACAUCUGUAAAGACUUGGUUGAGCGAGAACUUUGCCAUGAAGGACUUGGGGAAUGCUAGUUAUGCCCUUGGCAUAAGAAUCUACCGUGAUAGAGGUGAUGUGGAGAUUUGCAAAGUAGGAACAGACGACAACAUAGCCGACCCCCUGACCAAGCCUUUGGGAAAGCUAAAGCAUCAGGGUCACACUAGGGCUGCCACCUCCGGGAACACGAAGUCCAAAUCCCGAGCACCAUUAACAAACUCCGAGGAGCGCCUCUACUACGGCGACGGAUCGUGUCUUUGGUUCGAUUCUGAGGAGGAGUGCACCCGUUUCCUCACCUUCUUAUCUAAACAAGUUGUGGCUCAACCACGAAUCGUCCCGGAGCGCUUCCCGGAGGCGAAACUUGAAGUCCCAAAGUUCACCGGGAAGGAGGACCCGGAAAUACAUGUCAAAACCCUUCACCAAAGUGGAAGGAUGAUGGGCCUUUCCGGGGACGAAAAAUGUUUACUUUUCUUCCAAAGCCUCCGCGGCCAAGCCGCUGAGUGGUUUCAUAACCUACCAGCCGGUGAGAUCGAUUCUUUCGAUGAGCUGGCCGAGGUGUUCCAAGAGAAGUUCAAGGAAAACUGCACCAAGAGGAAAAAGUUCACCUACUUGAGCACGGCCGGGCAGAGGGAGCACGAGGAUUUAACGAAAUUCCUCACCCGGUGGAAGGAUGAAGUUGAUAAAGUCGAGGAGAUGGACGACAAAACCGCCAUGUCCCUCCUAGUGUCCGGACUCCAGUCCGGAGAAUUGUAUAAAGAGUUCUGCAGGAGACCUCCCCAAUCAUACCAAGAGGCCUACAACACGGCCUGGGAUUAUGCUGACGCCGAAGCACGGCCCGGGAGAGCGAAGGCAGAAGUCGUGGAGGUUAAGCCGGUCAAAUCAGAAAAGAACCCGACCGGCGAGAAACAAUGGACGGAGAAGUAUUGCUCCUUCCACAAAACUGAUUCCCAUAACACUACGGAGUGUAACAGUGUGAAGGGCGUAAUUAAGCAGAUGAUCGAGGCCGGGGAGAUCGAUCGUGAGUAUCUAGCUCAGGCCAAGCAAAAGAAAAACCAAUGGAUCAGGCCUGAAGGGAAGCCGGUCGAACAGAAUAAGAAGAAGAAAGCACCCAGUAAAGAGCAUUUGCAGGUCAUCUACGGUGGACCGGAAGGGAGAGACUCUGCUUCCCAAAGGAAGAAAUGGGGGCGAGAGCUCUACGUCGGGACGGUGGCCCUAAAUCCCCGGUCAAAACAAGCAAGACGGGAGCCGACCACCUUUACUGACCGGGACCUCCCCGCCACCGGAGAAGAUCACAAUGACCCCUUGGUCAUAACUAUGGACAUGGGUGGAGUUGAUGUUUCCCGGGUACUCGUUGACACGGGCAAUAGUGUCAACGUUUUGUACUUGGAUGCAUUUGAAAAGCUCAAGUUGUGUCGGACACGGCUUGAGCCCUUAAAGACUCCCCUGUCCGGGUUCACCAGGGACUCUGUUGAAGCUGAAGGUUCAAUCCUUCUGACUUGUGAGUUGGGCACCGCAGACCAGGUCGUCCAAAAACAAAUGAGGUUUGUGGUAGUGAACAUCAAAUGUGUUCACAGUGCCAUCCUAGGCCAGCCUGGAAUAAACAAGGUCCGUGGAGUCAUCUCCAUGGCCGACCUCUGCAUGAAGUUCUAUACCUCGGGUGGUAUCGGACAAGUGAGACGAGACCAAAAGAAGGCCUGGUCUUGUUACUUGGAGGCCGUAAAGAAAAUGACCAAGGCAUUUGAGAGGGUUACCUUGGUUUCCCAGGAAGAAGAGCGAUCAAAACUGGAGCCGUGUGAUGAGACCGAGCAGAUUGUUCUCUGGGAGGCUUUCCCGGAAAGGAUGGUGCGAAUUGGCCAGGAUCUGCCUGGGGGACUUCGAGAGGAAAUCAUCUUAGUCCUUCGGGAAUAUGCAGAGAUUUUCGCCUAGAGUGUGGCGGACAUGCCAGGCAUAGAUCGUUCUG